AGUUCGAGUUAGUAGAGCUGCACAUGAAUACAGUUUCGAAGCAAUGAGUGGAAAAUUCUGUGCAUUUAUAGACAAAAUGAAGCCCAUAUUAUCAACAAAUACCAAAUUAGAAGAAUUGAAGCGAUUCUUAGAGCAAUACUGGCCAGAGCUAAAAUCUCAAUUACAACAGACCCAAUCCUUUGAUGAACUUUUCAAGAUCAUUGAAAAGAAAUGCAAUAUCGUCAAUGUAGCAGCAAUUGAGACUAUUGCUAAUCGCUAUGAUCUAGAGGAUGGCAUUUCCCUUGCCUCACAGUAUAUAAAAGAAAUAGAGAAGUUUUCUAAGGAAAUCAAACUUGCAUUUACUCUGAACAAAAAACUUUCAUUAGCAUCAAACAGUUCUCUUACUUGUGAAAAGAUUCAAUUUCUUCUUGACUGGGAGCCAUCAGAUCAUUUAUUGGAGGACAUUCGUCGGUUGAUGAAAAGAGCGUUUGACGAUUUGGCUAAUGAAGUUAUUGUUCAAACUAUUCAAAAAGCCAAUUCGAUCCUCAUCAUUUGCUAUGCUCCACUGUACCUGAUGAAUGCUUUGUUCUUAGAGGCUCAAGCUAAUCUUCCCACAUUGCUGAAAGAGGUUGAUUUAAUUCAGUUAACUAUUGGCCACUACACUCUAUAUGAUAGAAAUAAAGAGAGAGAAAUGAAGACUCUUGAGGAAAAACUUCAGUUUAGCAUAAAUGAAGGUAUUUAUAUUUGCAUGUAUUCUAAAACUGUAUAG